UAUCAGUGAGAAACUCUUGUCAACACAUGAUUCUGUGGGUUAUUUCGCCACUGCAUUUACUUUGUGUUGUAUUAUAUCAUGUAACGAAAUAGUUCGGCGAUGAUCGUCUUCUUCAAUAUUGUCUUUUUAAGUGAGAUCGUAAACCACCAUUCCUUCUUAUCCUUAGCAAAGUAACAGUCUAUGUCGAGAAGAUCAAUGGCCAUUCUGUUAAAGCUCAAAAAGUUUCCGACCCAAAAGUUAAGGGAGCAUUUUCGUAAUUUACCCUAAACAUAACAAGCGGCAGAAGUGCAGAACUCAUCGAUUUACGGUAGCGUUUCUGUUUCUCCAUUCUCCCGCAGUCUCGCUAUCUCUCUCCCCCCAACUGUGCUUCUUGUGCAUGGAUUGGUGCUUGGAAUCAAUUCCCGAUUUCCGUUUCUCCCUCCAUUGCUAAAGAGCUCCAGGUAAGUACUACUCAUCUUCUACAGCGCUGUUCAGUUCCCAGAAAAUGAAUUAGGCGAUUUGCUUCCUACCAAAGCGGAUGAUGAACUAGGGCAGUGAAAGAAAGCAGAGCCCUUUGCCAUCUGGGUCUUCCACUAGGUUUACCAUGCUUUAUUUUGAAUUCUAUUCCUUCGAUUUGGACUGGAUAGUGAGCAGUGAUGAGUUCUUAACUCCAUUUCCCCUGUUUUUUACUCUUUUGAAGGAUUCCUGACGAAUUUUCAAUUCGUUCAUUUCGUUCGCUUCUUUUGUUGCUUAUUUCAAUGUCUUGCUUGCUUGUUAGAUAAUGGGUUGGUAGCUUCUGCCAGUCGAAAUUGGAGUUAGAUAGUUAGAAGGGUUCGGGUAAGUAGACGCUAGACACUGUAACAGAAUAUUCCCUAUGGUUAUGAAUCUUAUGGUUUCAAUGACUGUAGGAAAGGGAGGAAGUUAUGGCUGGGAAUUCGAAAGUCUCCAAGAUAUCCAAGAGGAGUCGUGUAGUUAAGGAAGUUGAUGGAUUGAGCGAUCUUCCUGACAACAUUCUCCAUCACAUUCUGUCCUUCCUUGACACCAAGUCCGCAGUUCAAACCAGCCUUUUGUCGAGGAGGUGGAGAUGCUGUUGGAAACAUGUUCCCGUCCUCUAUUUCCGCCCGCUAUCCUUCACUACAUAUUCGAGUUUCAGGAAACACGUAUGCAGGGUCUUGUCUCGUCGCUUCCACAAUACUCCUGUUCGCAAUGUUACAUUCGAAGUAUAUGAAGAUGAGUGGAAUGAUAUUUUUCAGAAAACGUUUGAAAAGAUCAUGAAAUAUGCUGCCUCUAAUGGUGAUGGUGGUGGACUUCAUAGUUUGACCAUCAUCUGUGACGAGUUUUUUGAGCUGGACUUCAGAGAACACUUGGCUGACUGUAUCACUGCUGCUCAUCAUAAUGAAUCUCUCAAGACUAUGAAGUUGGUGGGGUGCAAUCUCAAAACUGGAGCACUUGAUUUGGGCUUCAGAUCACUUACCACUUUGGAACUCUAUAAAUGCUCUCUGGAAACCGUGAACCCAUUUGCUAAUCUGCCUUGUCUGAACUACCUGAAGAUACUAGAGUGCUUUGUUUAUCACACUGAUUUUUUAAUGAUUUCGGGACUUCAGCUGCUUGACCUUGAAAUUAAAAUAGAUUUCUACGACGAAUAUGAAGUGCUUGCUCCAAAGCUCAAAUCUCUGCGUUUAUGCCUAUGGGGUGAUAACCUUCAUAACUAUCUCCCCAAGUUGACUGUCCCUGUUCUGGAUCAUGCAAAUAUCUAUCUUUGGUGGAACAGACCGGACAUUGAGGCAUCAAUGGUAGAGGUGAAUCGUGCAUUUGUAGAUUUCUUGCUUACUCUGCGUAAUGCAGAAUCUGUCAAGCUACGUUUCGACAAGUUUGGGGCUGGAGAUGAGGAUUGGGAAGAACACCACUUCCCUCUUCGAAGAAUUAAGGCGUUAUUGGAGACUGAAGUUCCAUCCUUCACUAGAUUGAAGAGCUUGACGAUCCAGUCUGCGCAUCAAGAUAAACCACCAGAAUACCUUACCAGGUGAUCCGCUUUUUUCUCGAAGGCUCUCCCAAUACUGGAGAAAAGUUGGUUCAGGUCGAGGUGAUAUGCCAAUAUCGAUCCUAGUCAGUCGUGCCCAAAGUAGUAGUUCCCCCCUUCUGUUUUCCAGACUCUUUGCCGUUCCUUUUCUGUUAUAGCAUGUACUUGUGAACCAGUUAAGUAUCUGCAUCAUUAGGCACCCUAAACUUUGCAGUACAUAAUUAGCCCUGCUCAUUGGAGUCCCGUAGACUUAAACAAGUCUAAGGUCCCCUUCCUUUUUAUUCCACAGUUUCAUUGUAGGGCUGGAAUUAGGCAGAGUGUCUUCGUAGGGUUUUCGGCUGAGUUCAUCGCUCCCUUUCUUUUCCAUCUGAGGAGAAUUCCAGGUGAAUUCCCAUGAUCGCCUCUGUAAGGUGCAAAUCUAAUACCUGAUUAUCACCAUUUUUAUCACUUGUUGGAUGUACGAAAUGUGGUGGAUGUCAUCACCGCAUGCACUUAUCACUGCAAGAAAAUACAUUCUGUAACAGGAUAUUCUGUCACAAAAACCCAAAAUUUCCGUGACGAAACUUCCAUCACCACUGGCAUCACCAAUACCCCGUUGCAAAUGAAUUGUAACCAAUUUAUUUUCGACGUCACGUAAAAGUCGACUUUAAGUGAAGCAGAACUCCGUCACAUAUAGCAACUUUCUUUUGCGACACUUUCGCGUCACAAAAGUUACUUUUAUGCGACGGUGUAAUCGGUUACCUAAAGCUUGCCUUUUUGCCACAACUGUCCAACUUUGGGUACCUAAAUAGAAUAUUAAAUGGCCGAUUCUAAUGGAACUUAGUUUUAUUUUUUUAAACAAACAAAGCGGAAACACCAAUAUAAAAAAAUCUAAAUUGAAUUGAAAAUCGUUGGUGAGAAGAAUCAACAUUGUAAUACGCAAGGUUGUCAACCCACGGGUCAACCCGGACCCGAUAGAGCUUGUGGGUCAUGGGUCAAUGGGUCACCCGUUUUAGGCCGGAAAUAUGAAAAUCGUUAUUAUAUUAUACUUAUCCUGAGUCCAAUAUAGGAAACGUCAUUGCUCAAUCUCAAACAUAAGCAAUUUGAAAUUCUUCUUAAACAUAAGCAAUCCAAAAUUCCAAAUGAUUAUUAACGAUUCUUCUUCCUAACAUAUGUAACAUCAACAAUCCCUUACUAACAAAUAACAAUUCAACUUCUCCACACAAGCAAUCUAAUUCGCGUUGCCACCUGCCAAAAUUAACCAAACAUUCAUAAAUUAAUAAAAUCAACCAAACCCUUACCAAUCUGAGUUCGAAUAUCAAACAGAGGGAGGAGGUCGAACUCGAGCUGGAGAUGGAGACGAGACCCGACCCGACCUGAGGCAGAGGAAAGUUGAUGGCGGCCAAGCUCGAGGUUUCGAAUGGUCGGAGGCAGAUGGCGGCGCUCAAACUUAGAUUGGUCGGAGGAAAGAGCUUGAGCGGCUGUGGGAGCGGAGCGGGAGCUAGUUGCCGCCGAUGAAGGGGAACUUAGCCUGGCGAUGGCGAUCGAGCGGCGCCUGUGGGGUGGGAGCGGCGCCUGUGAGGAGAGGUCGAGACGAUGAAGAUUGAAGGGUGUAGCGGACUAGCUGUAGGGUUUUUUUAUUUCAGACCAUGCCCUCCGCCUUCUCCCGGCCAAAAACGUCGCCGCGCCAGUGUUAAACGCAGCCUAAGGAGAAGCAACCCAGUGACCCACUCUGGAUGGGCUAACCGCCCAGGUUAGCCGAAUUUGACCAGGUCCGGGCUGACUGUCAAAAGGGUUGCAAUGGCCCGUUUUUUGGGCAAAUCCGGGUCAAUCCGGGUUGACCCGCGGAUUGACAACCACUAAUACGUAAUUAACCAUCUCAAAUUGG